AAACCAAAUCCAAUCAAGCUUAAAAGGGCAGAAGGCGAAAAUUUUCGUGAACUAGCCUUCAAUUUCUGAUUGCUUCUAUAGUUCUCUCACUCGAACUUUGAUUCUGAACCCGUUUUGCUUGAGAAAAGUGUAAUUUUUCUUUGGAUUGGUGGGAGACACUUUUUAGGGUUUUUGAUUAGAGGUAGGAGAACAAUGUCCUCUUCUUCUUCGGUAAUUACACCAGAAGACGUGCUCGAAUCUCUUAUGAACGAUGGCACCAUCGAUGCCCUUCGUUUAAAGAUCAUCAACCAACUCAAAGCCAAUGAAGAGUUGAAGAGCACAACCAUUAAGAUGGCAGAGGAGAGCAAAGUUCUUAACACACCUGGUGCUGAGAAACAGACUAAACGAGAACUCUUUGAUGCUCUUCGCCAAGAACUCGAAGGGCCAGUGCUAGAGAAGGCAUCUAAAUCGGUUUGGGAAUUGAUUCUUGAGAAGGACGGGUUAGGGAAAGAGAUAAAUGAAACAGUAGAACGCGUCUUCUGUCGUCUAAGCGGGCGAGAACCGCCCUUGUUUUCUUCAUCAUCAAACGUGGAAAACCAGAUGGUUAGAGAGAAAGAGACAGAAACAAAGGAGGACAAUUGCUCAAAUACGGAAGCCAAGAAAAGAAGUCUUAGCGAGGUGAAUCACUCCGAAGUUGCAAUAAGGAAGAAGAAGCAACAAGGGGAUUCCUCCAUUGAUCAUGUAACGCCAUGAACCUGGUUAUGAGACAUUGAUCACGUCCUGUUGUCCUGAAUCUUCUCACUUAUCUUCAUGUUUUUAUUUAUGAAAUGUCUCUUCCCAGCAGUAUCUCGUACACUAUGCGUAUCAAUUUAAAUUUAAAUGGUGUUUAAAGGAAAAUAUUUUGUUGCAAAAUAAAUGAUGUUCUCACUAUUCUAAAUAUAAUUUAAAUCAUUUGAAUUGUGAC